AUGGCUUCGAACAGCAAGAUUUUGAUCAUCGGAGGUACUGGUUACAUCGGAAAAUACAUCGUAGAAGCAAGCGCAAAGUCCGGCCACCCGAUCUUCGCUUUGGUCAGGGAAAGCACAGCUUCUGAUCCUGUCAAGGCCCAGCUCCUUGAGAGCUUCAAGAACUCUGGUGUCACUUUGGUCCAUGGAGAUCUUUAUGAUCAUGAGAGUCUGGUGAAGGUGAUUAAGCAGGUGGAUGUGGUGAUCUCCACAGUGGGUGACGGACAGUUAGUGGAUCAGGUUAAGAUCAUUGCUGCCAUUAAAGAAGCUGGAAAUGUCAAGUUCAUUGAUGGGUUCUAUGGAAUCCAUUAG